AAGGCCAGGCAGAGGGUGUGUUCUUCUCUUGAGGCUUCAAACCACUCUCAAGGCAGAUGCGUGGAACUUGACAGACAGCCAUGAUUGUGUAGUGUUGCAACUUGAAAUUUUUUUGUACAACUGCAGAAUUUAAGGAGGAAUGAGACCCGGCUGGAAGGCUGUCCUGGCUUGAAACAUGAUGCAUUUAGCAGCUGUUUUGGGUUAUUAGCAUAUUGGAAACAGCUGCCAGGCAGAAGUACCAAACAUAGUUGUCAGUUGAAAAGCGUGUUAGUGUUGGACUAACUGACAACUUCCUGUGUUGGCACUAUGGGGAAGUCAGCCUCAAAGCAAUUUGCCGAGGAGGCGCUGCGUCGCCAUAACGAGCACAGGAAGAAGCACCAGGCUCCACCACUCAAGCUGAGCAGCAAACUGAACAGAGAGGCCGCCCGCUAUGCUGAGAGUUUGGCCAGCACACGCAUCUUAAAACACAGCGAGGAUUCCAGUAAAGGAAGCUAUGGAGAGAACCUGGCGUGGGCCUCCAAUGAUCAAUUAGGGAAGGAUGUGUCCGACCGCUGGUACGAUGAAGUCAAACAGUACAACUUUAACUCUCCUGGAUUCUCCUCUGGCACUGGCCAUUUCACAGCAAUGGUGUGGAAGAGCACUACAACGCUGGGAGUGGGUAAAGCCAUUGCAUCGGACGGCUCCUCUUUCGUGGUGGCAAGAUACUUUCCAGCUGGGAAUAUCACCAACCAGGGGCACUUUGAGAGCAACGUCCUCCCGGCUAGAGGUCCUGGAUUGACCUCCUAAAGAUGCCUGGACUCAUGAUGCAAAAACCCAUUUCAGUCAAGUUUGUGUCCUGCAUUUCAGUCUAGAGAAGUGUCUUGCAUUGGACUUAAACCAUUUAACCGUUUGGGCUAUAAGUAGCUUUUUUUUGUCAUCGGAAAAUGACUUUUAAUGGUGUAGUGUGUAUGUACUACUGUUUGCUAACACACAGAUAACAGUGAGCACCUAACAAAGUAAAUUUAAAUUACUUGUGAAAUCAUUCCUUCUGAUCAUGAGCUCAACAUGGUUUGUAUUUUUCACUGUUAUCCACUAGGAUUCUUGUCUUUUUUACUUGUGCUGUAAUUAAUUAAAUUGGAAAAUCUG